GGGAACCUUUUCGAAAAGGUCUUGGAAACAAGUGAAGUGCUCCUUUUGGCGAUUAUUUGAGGUGACCCGAAUCAAACAACCCACCAUUUUUGCUUGAAAACAAGAAGUUCAGGAUACUCUUCAAACAGGAGCGGGCUGGAAUUGAUGUUUGUGGCCUUGAGGCCCAAAGCAACCGCGGAGAAAUGUUGGCAUUUCAACGUGGCUUCUUGGAUCGUGAAAAAUGGCCUUUGCCUGAAGGUAAUGUUUCAGAGCUUACCAAUUUUGAGCCCAUUUGUUUACUUUUCGUGGUUGGUGAAAGAGAAAGGAACGGAGCACACCCUGUCCUAGAGAGAGUCAUUGUCCACAAGAGCAUUCGGUUAGUGGCUGGUUAUUGGUUGAGUACGGUGUGGAAUUGAGUCUCCUUCACCGUCAUUAUCGUCUUUGUCGCCAACCCUGUGUCCUUGCCAUCCAAGUUGUGAUAUGGAUGGGCUGGCUCAGCCGUGAGGAUCAAAGUCGAAAAGUUGAGUUCGGAAAACCACAAAUCCAGGACGAUUUUUAAACCAAAGGAAGUAUACGUGUUUGAAAACCCUCUCAAAAUUUGUUUCAGCGUGCUGCCCUUUUAGUGUUUUGUUUAUCAAAAUCUUGGGUUCAGAAAUGCAGAUUCGACUUGGUGCGAUGUGGAAAUCCCAGACAAGAGGUUAUAAUUGAAACACUAUCCCAAAUGGCAUAACUUAGGACGAAGCCGUAGUCGAAUCAUCGUUUUGACUAGCCCUUCCCAUCCAAAUUUUUCUUGCCUGGGUUCCAACGGUUCCAACGAACGUCUUAAGUGCGGCUGACGCUGAGGUAUACCCAGUUCUAAAUCUACGCACUGUAUCGCAUUAUAGCCCAAAUCAUCCCUGCCCUCUCCUCGUACUCUAGAAAAUGCAAUUUUGAGACGAGGACUGAUAUGAGAUAAAGAUACUGCCAGCAACUUUGCAGAUCCAGGGACAGAAGAGAGUUUGAAGAAGCCAAUUUUCAAGUGCAGAAAUGAUGCAGACCCACCAUGACAACUCUCCUGAGCGCAUUAUAAGCUUUUGUACGUCGGCCAUUUUAAUGCGAAUGAGCGUUUCAAACUUCCUUUCAUCACUUGUGAAGAGUAUGUAAUCAGACAAGCAUUGUCUUUUGGAUUAUAUUUUGCAACAGGCCACCCGUCUGUCAAUUAAGACUUAAGAACACGUUAUUGCUCUGAUUGUCGUACCUCUAGUAAGUCAGGAAUAGCUCAUUUUUGGUGAAGUUGGUACCCAACAAAUGCCCAAAUGGCACAUGGCUUCUGCUUAAACAAAGUACGCACCUAUUCCUGAAGCAAGGAACAUCAACAGUAUGCGUACGUACAUUGGCCGAUCGCUGCUCCCGAUUUAUGUCAUAACAAAAAGUUAACCACUCUGCAUAUAAACUUGUUGUAUAGGGUUGUUAUCCUCGCUUGAAAAUGCGCCCCCAGGACGGCGAGCGAGCAUCUUUUCAUACAUCCCCUUCUACGUAGCGUAAAGUUCCGCGUCCAGUGAAUGGUAGUUCGAGUUGUCCGCCCACAUCCUCAUUAGCGACAAGGCAUAAAGCAACAAACGAAGGUUGGACGCCAAGGACGAGAUUUGCUCUCCUUUCGAAAACGACUCAAGCCCGCCAUUCUCUCCGUUUCUCUGUUUCUCUUACACCAUCUCACUGGAUGUCGGUGGAUCUCACCGAAUUCUCUCUCUUCAUCUGCGGCGUACUCUCUACGUCCUCGAGGUCCUCUUACCUCCAUUCAGCCAAGUGGACUUGAACGAGGUCUCGUUCCUUCUCCUGAGGAAAGAAAGGCCGUCAAGUCAAGAGUGGAGGGCUGGUGCUUUUUCCCAUUACAGGUUGAUGUGUCACUCUGUUGACAGUCAAGUGGAUAUGUAGAAAGGGGGUUGAAAUACCCACACUCGGACUGGAUCUCAUCACAACUUUGUCGGGACCCCAUCGCACCUGCUUCAAAUGCUAAACGAGUUGGAGUUAUAAAGGUGUCUCGAUUUUGUGAGAGGGACAAGAAGACGAAAUAAAAGGAACACCAAAUUGGAUCAUCUUCUCGAGGUUAGCUUGCGCCAUCAGAAUGAACAUGAUCAACGAAUCAGGCUUCACUGACCUCGAGGUCCACAACGACUCGCAGAGCUUCCGAAGCGAGGAUGAGGACAUGGCCUAUUGCUCCAUCCAAUACAUCAUUUAUACGCCUCUUUCGAAAUUGAUCUUUUCGUUGCUCUACCUGAUCAUCUUCUGUUUCGGGUUCUUUGGGAAUCUGCUCGUGGCUUUGGCUGUGAUCAAGUCCAAACACAUGAGGACGGUGACCAAUUAUUUUAUUCUGAAUCUGGCCCUGUCGGACAUUGUCAUGUGUCUAUUCUCGGUUCCAUUUACGCCGUUACAAUCCUUCAGUGGGAAAUGGAUGUUUGGUGAAGUGCUCUGCAAGCUGUUUCCUUUCUCACAAGGCGUGUCUGUGUACAUUUCCACCCUGACCCUGACCAUAAUCGCGUUAGAUCGCUUCGUGGUCAUCAUUUACCCGUUUCGAGCGCGAAUGCAGGUCAAGACCUGUUUGGUCCUCAUCUGGAUCAUCGACAUGUUGGCAUGCCUCUUCACUGGGCCCUAUGCCUACCACGUGACCAUCGAGAACGACGACACCACGGGCGACGAGCAAUGCAACGAAACCUGGGGUGGUCUGCGCCGGACGAUCUACGGUGCCUUCACGAACAUCACGCAAUUUGUGCUCCCCUUCAUCACCAUCAUCCUGUGCUAUACGGCCAUCAUCCGCAAGCUCACCACCCGUAGUCACAUGCGUCCCGGUAUGCGAUCGGCUCAACGUGAGGAAGUGGAACGGGCGAGGAACCUGAAAACCAAUCGCAUGCUCAUCUCCAUGGUGAUAGUGUUUGGCAUUUGCUGGCUGCCGCUGAAUUGCAUCAAUCUCUUGGCAGAUCUCGAGUUCUUUCCCAUUUUCUGUUGGGAAUAUUACCAUUUGGUGUUCUUCGUGUGCCAUGUGAUGGCCAUGUCUUCCACGUGCUAUAACCCUUUUCUGUACGGCUGGCACAACGAUUCCUUCCAAAAGGAAUUCAUUCGAAUGAUGCCCGUUUUGAAAGGCGUCUGCGGGGCGAAGACCAACGGGAAUGACCAGAUUCGCUGUCAAAUUCUCAGAGAUAACGAAACAACCAACGCUGAGAUCCUGAACGCGAGUCUGCUCACGCGAAUGACUUCGACAGUGCGACGAGUUUCCAUAAAGCGAUCCAUUUCCCACGAGUCUCGCCGCACCAAGAUGAAGCACAUGCUCGUCAAAACCCAAGUCAGCUGCCAUCUAAAAGAAGGUGGUGCUCCGCUACCAGUACAUGCUGUCCCUCAGCCCAAGAAAAAGCAGUCGCCUCUCUGUCCCAUCAAAGAGCGAUCCUCGCACCACGAAACAAAUGGGCAUGACCAAGAAUCGAACUCUGAAAUGGGGGUGUCCGUCCAAGAUCCGUCAAACGGACAGGGUCUUUCUUGCCCCCAUCAAAAUGAAGAAUGUGAUGAACGUCAAAGGUCUUCGAGCGUGACUCUAAGAACAACCAAAGCGACGGCUAGAGAGGAAAGAUCGUGUUAGAUUCGCGUCAUUCCAUUCUCUCUUUAUUCAUUGUCUAUACGUACAAAUUUCAGACAUGUAUGCAGUUAAACAGUAUGUUAAUUAUACAUUGUGGAGCGUU